UGGAUUUGGUUGGCUUUGGGUGACGUGGGAGGAAAAUUACCCACGUCAUUGCAUUUCGGAAGCCCAUUGCCCUUCCGUUAAAAAUUCGACAAAUCGAUCAGUGAGUUCGAAUUAUCUUUUCACUGACAAGCGCCCAGACCGCCAGGUCCGAGCCACCGAGCCAAAGAGACAAAAACACAACAAAAACACAAAGACGACCAUGGCAUCUACUAUCGCUGUGAACCGCCUUCGAAAGGAGCUAUCCAAGCUGAAGAAGGACCCUCCUCCUGGAAUUAUUGCCGAGCCAAAAGAAUCUGACAUUUUGACGUGGUUCUAUGCGCUUCAAGGUCCUCCUGAUUCACCCUAUGAAGGCGGCGUCUAUGUGGGCAAGCUACGGUUUCCCUCCGAAUAUCCCAUGAAACCCCCCUCGAUCAUGAUGAUGACUCCCUCGGCCCGAUUUCAAGUGAAUACGCGGUUGUGCAUGAGCAUGAGUGAUUUUCAUCCCGAGAGUUGGAAUCCCAUGUGGAGCGUGGCUACCAUUUUGCAGGGCGUGGUCUCUUUCAUGACAUCGGAAGAAUUGACCACGGGGGGCCUCAAAGCACCGGAUAGCGAAAGAAAGCGACUUGCGGGGCUUUCCAAAGCGUAUAACGACAAGUUUUUCAAGGAUUUGUUUGAUGGGGAUAUGGACGCGGCAUUCCAAGAGGCAGAGGAGGCUCGGCAAAGUGCCGAACAAGCCCAGGCCCAAGGCGCCAAUGGGGAAAGCUCGACGGUUGGCAGAGGUGGUCGAAGCAGACGGGUGGCUGGGCCACGGCGGAGAGAAAAACAGAGCGCAAAAUCGGAAGAUAAAGCAGAAGACGAGGAGCAAUCCGACAAUCACCAGGAACAGCAAGAGCAAGAGCAAGAAGAAGCAGAAGAAUCUGCCCCCAAAGAGUUGUCUGCAGCAGAAAUAGAGAAACGGAGAAAGAAAAAUGCAAAGAAACGAGCCAAACAAAAAGCCAAAAAAUCAGGCGCCAAAGUGGAGGACGGAAGUGACGAUGCUAACAAGGAGGAGGAAGAAGCCGAAGCAGCUUAGAGCUAGCUGUUACCCAAUGCACAAAUCUGCUAGUGGAGUACUAGCGAGGUGCUUUUCAAUUGCCGGUAUCAUCGGACUGGUUAGCACAGUGCGUGCUUUACCGACACUUAGUGCAUUAUGGCCUAACUCAAGGGUUAAUAUAUCUGAAUGUGUCGGUUACAGGGAGACGUUGCAGCCCGGUAUUUUCUUUUCUCAAUAGAAGCAUCAUAGCCUGGAGU